CCAUCUACCUUCACAAAUUCCAGUAAGUUUUACUAUAUAUAUUUUCUAAACACACUCAUUAGCAACAUAUUUAGAAGUUAGGACUUAUCCUUUAAACUAAGGGCUCCCAUUUUGGAUUAAGAAAAAAAACAAAGGUGGGGGAAGAAAAAUACAGACAGAAAAAAAGUGACUCACUCUUCUCCUACAAAAACCUCAUUUACAUGCUUGCAUGAAAUAAUGGAGUUCUUCAUACAAAGCCUUUAGCUAACCCCAUCUCUCCAUCUACUAAUUAACCCACAGGAUGCCGGCGAGGGCGAUGAUGGCGGCGGACCAAGCCUGGGCGGUGUGGCGAAGGCGCCUUGGCUCUGCAUUCCGGACGGCUCUGGCAUGCGCCAUGGUGGGGUGUAUCACCCUCUAUGGCCCAUCUUCUCUUCAAAAUCAGCUAGCAUUUCCAGCUUUUUCCUAUGUCACGGCUGUAAUAAUCGUGUCGGACGCGACACUGGGCGACUCCGUAAGAGGCUGUUGGCAUGCCCUGUAUGCUACGGUCCAGGUAGUGCCCCCCUCCAUGUUGAGCCUAUGGGUGCUGGGGCCGGCCCGGUUCUCAUCGGUUGGGUUGGCGGCGAUAAUGGUGGCGCUCAGCGCUUUUGCGGUGGCGCUGCCGGAGUCCACUCACUUGAUGGCCAAAAGAAUUGCUUUUGGACAGAUUGUGAUUGUGUAUGUGGGCGCUGUGAUUCAUGGAGACCAAACAGGAGCUGUGAUGCACCCACUUCAUGUUGCCUCGAGUACUGCUCUUGGGGCCUUUGCUUCUGUUCUUGCUUUGCUGCUUCCAUAUCCUAGGCUGGCCUGCUGCGAGGUAAGAAAACUAUGCAGAUUAUAUGCUGAAAAUGCUUCAGAGAGGAUUAAUCUCUUUAUGAAAGCCUUCUGUGCCCAAGACAACCCAACUGCAGUUGAGACAAUUUCUCAGGCCAAGCCCUUAGCUGAAACUGGAACCAAGUUUCUUCAAAGCAUCAAACUCAUACAGGAAGGUGUAAUGUGGGAAAGACCAAAUAUCAGACUCUUGAAACCGGGUUCCUUAAACCCGGGAGAAAGACUGCAAGAGAUGGAAAUGCCGAUAAGAGGUAUGGAAAUUGCCCUAACUUCUCCUUCAUUUCCUGUCUGUAUUACAAAUCAGGAGCUCAGUGAGAUCUUGUUAAGAGUGGAGUUGCAAAUUAGCCUAAAACUAGAACAAGCCAAGCGCUUUCCGCUUUUAGAAACAACAACAGCUCCAGAGAUGAAGGGGGAAUCUUUAGACCAGUUCCUCCAGUAUCUUAAAAUCAAUUCCGCAACACAAAAAUGCCUACCAGCUUUUUUCUUCUUGUUCUGUUUAAAACUCCUCCAAGAUGAUUCAACAAUCACUCAAAAUAUUCAGCCUGUCAUAGAUAGCAGUCAGAAACCCAAGACCGAAGAAUCAAGAGAUUCACAAGAACAAGCCAAAUACAGCUCCAAAAGAAUCUGCACUAACUGGCACUGGAUUCCAAGGAAUGAAACACUUGUGUUUGCAUUCAAGUGUUCGCUUUCUUUGGGUCUUGCUGUGCUAUUUGGUUUGUUAUUUAACAAAGAAAAUGGGUAUUGGUCGGGGCUUACAAUUGCCAUCAGCUUUGCAACAGGAAGACAAGCAACAUUUACAGUUGCAAAUGCUCGAGCACAAGGGACAGCAAUGGGAUCGGUGUAUGGAGUCGUGGGUUGCUUCAUUUUCCAAAGAUUUUCCGACAUAAGGUUCUUACCUCUUCUCCCUUGGAUAAUUUUUACCAGUUUUCUAAGGCACAGCAGUAUGUAUGGUCAAGCCGGUGGGAUUUCAGCAGUUAUAGGAGCGUUACUGAUCCUAGGACGGAAGGGUUAUGGGUCUCCUGGUGAAUUUGCCAUCGCUAGACUCACGGAGGCUUUCAUCGGAUUAUUUUGUUUCAUCAUGGUAGAGCUUCUCUUGCAACCCACCAGAGCAGUAAAUCUGGCCAAGAGUCAACUCUCACAGACCUUGGGUACGCUCCGAGAAUGCAUCGAGGAAGUAGUUCUCUGUUCCAGACAGAAGGAAAUGCCAACCUCAAUAUUUCAGGCAUUGAGAGAAAAGCAAAAUAGGUUAAAAGCUCAUAUCACUGAAUUAGAGUUAUUCACAGGACAAGCCGAGUUGGAGCCUGAUUUCUGGUUCUUGCCUUUUCGUGUUGCUUGUUACAGUAAACUCCUGAGGUCUUUAUCAAAGAUGGCAGAUCUCCUGCACUUUAUGAACUACAGUAUGGAGCUCCUCCUACAAGCCUCACAGAGAUGUGGGCCAGCUUGGAUGGAGAUCCAAGAGCACAUGACCACUGAUCUAGACAUUUUCAGGAAGAACGUUGCGUCUUCACUAAAAUGCCUGGAAAAGAUCGCUUUGAUCAAGUCUCUAACUGUCUUUGAAAAAGAAUUUCAAGACAAGAAAAUAAAUCACAACCUUGAGUUGGGAAAAGCACUAAAAGCAAAUGUAUGCAUUUUGAGUACAGAUGAGGAAGAGGAGAAGAUACUAAAUUCUUUCCUUCAACAUUCAACGGAAGUGACUGAUCAAAUACAUUCUAACCAAAUUGAGGAGGAGCCAAAGAGCCAAAUGGUUCUUUGUUUGAGUGCCUUGGGGUUUUGCAUCAGUGGUUUGAUGAGAGAAAUGAAGGACAUUGAGAGAGAAAUAAGAGAACUGAUUCGAUGGGAUAACCCUACAUGCUGCAUAAAUUUCUAUGAAAUUUGCCAUAAGAUUGAUUCUUUGUAAAUAAAUCUACCACCGCAUAUUAUCAAUAGAAGGUGUGGGUCUGGUAGCGACAAAUGACAAUAGCAUCACCAUGUGUAAGAGAUUGCUAAGGAAUAACCAAAAAAAAUAUUGUGGCCAACUGUAACUAUUAACAUUACUAAUCCAGAUUUAAGAUAGGAUUGCAAUGUUUAAGAUUAUAACAAAAA